AUACACAUAAUCAUAUAAGAAAGAACAAACAACUCAGCUACACAGUUAGGUACCCUAUGGCUCUCUUCCUUUCUCUACUCUUGCUUUUCAUGUUCCCUUUGGGAAAUAAUGGGCAGGGUCCACCACCUUCUCCUGGCUACUACCCCAGUUCAAGAAUUGGCUCCAUAGGGUUCAACCAGGGGUUCAGGAAUCUUUGGGGUCCUCAGCACCAAAGGCUGGACCAGGGUGCACUCACUAUUUGGCUUGACAGAUCCUCAGGAAGCGGAUUCAAGUCAGUUAAUCCUUAUUCAUCUGGGUAUUUUGGGGCGGCUAUCAAGCUCCAAACUGGCUAUACUGCUGGAGUUAUUACAUCUUUCUACCUUUCGAACAAUGAAGAGCAUCCAGGGAACCAUGAUGAGAUUGACAUAGAGUUUCUGGGGACGACGCAGGACAAGCCUUAUGUCCUGCAAACAAAUGUCUACAUCAGAGGGAGUGGAGAUGGAAAUAUCAUAGGGAGAGAAAUGAAAUUUCACCUUUGGUUCGACCCUACCACAGAUUUUCACAAUUAUGCAAUCCUUUGGAAUCCUAGUGAGAUCAUAUUUUUUGUGGAUGAUGUGCCGAUCAGACGGUACCCAAGAAAAAGUGAUGCAACGUUUCCAUUGAGGCCCAUGUGGGUGUAUGGAUCAAUAUGGGACGCCUCCUCCUGGGCAACCGAGAACGGCAGAUACAAGGCUGAUUACAAUUACCAACCCUUUGUUGGCAAGUACACUAAUUUUAAACUAAGUGGCUGCAACGCCUACAGCUCCGCCUCGUGCCGCCCUGCUUCUGGAUCUCCGUCCCCCUCCGGGGGGCUAAGCCGCCAGCAGUAUGUGGCCAUGGAGUGGGUUCAAAGAAAUUACAAGAUUUACGAUUAUUGUCGGGACCCACAGAGAGAUCAUAGACUCACGCCCGAGUGCUAGGAUUUGGGGGAUUUGAUUAAGUAAAAAUUCUUAUUCAAAUCAAGUAUAACUAAACAACAUCAAUCAUAUUGGAUCAAGAAGUUUAUAAAUUAUUAAACUUAUACAUGAAACACUACUAUUGUUAUACGAUUUGUCUGGAGUGUUUUGAGAUGGAACCCAGUUGCCAAGAACAGAUAUAAAAGAGAAUGUGAUGGCAAAGCAUCCAAGCCUUCAAAGAUAUGUGAGUUGAAUCUUGUGUGUGUGUUUGAAUAAGUUUGUCAAGUGAGUGAGUGUGAUUUAAGAGUGAGAUGAGGGGGAAGGAAAUUGCCCUUUAAAUGUAUAUCUUUUGUUCAUGCAAUUUUACAUUUUAUUAUACAAUAUAUAAAUGUGAAGUA